CACCACCAGCUCCGGUCACUCAACCCAUCUAAACCUCUCCACCAAAACACCCCUCACCUUCCCCCCCUCCAGCCAUUGCGGCUUUUUCUCGGUGUCACCGCGUCCAUAACACCGCGUUCUCAUUGGAUCACUCCACCCGUCAUUCCCUCCCUAUUGAGCGCCCCAUUGUUCCACGACUCUACCAUGGAUGUUGAUCGCUCUUCUGUCACACUCACUGCUCGUGUAUAAUGUGGCGCAAGCGCAAAGUCCCUUCCCCAAUUUAUACAGGCCACCCAAGCGACACCCGAAGACAACGCUGGAAGGAGCAGCACGUUAUUCAGACAAGUGAGGACGAAGACCAAACUGAGGACAACACCGAAGCGUUGGACGCAGACGAGUGGUAUAUCAAUUGUAUACUGGACGAAACCGAAUCGCAAUACUUGAUCGACUGGGAAGGACCGUGGACUCCGACUUGGGAACCAAAGGAGCACGCCAGCGAGCUUGCAGUACAGGCCUGGGAGGACCGGAAACAAAGAGAUCGGACUCUCCAGAAGGAACCUGAUCAGAGUAACACCCCACCACCACCGCCUCUUUCUGAUGCCCGAGAACACAGCAUAGAACCCUUGAACCCUGGGCCCAACCAGCCCGAGAUCAAAGCUCCGACUGACGAGCCACGGCCUAGAAAACCCUCAGUCUCUCCCCUAUUUGUUCCGCGCGACACUAUACCAGAAUCUCCAAUUGACCCCGGAGUGGUCCCGAUAUCAUCUAGCAACCCUGGUGUGCUUGAGUACGACGCUGCCUUUACGAUCCCGCCCGAACUCAGGCUACCAGACGAAGUUGAAGAGACGUCGAUUACACCUUACCCCGCGGAAACACUACUUUGUACCGAGAAUACAGACGGAUUGGAGGUCUCUGAGAGAACGCCGGAGCCUCCCCACGACAUCUCUUCGAGUCUGUCGGGAGCCCAAAGCGCAGUUGAAACCUUGUCAACCAACCCUGUCGAGGCAGUUGAUGAAAUACCUGAAACGCCAGCUGGCCCAGUUGCUGAACCCGAGACCCAGCAAUCGUGUGUAGUUUCCACCUUCCCAGGCAUUGGACUACAGAACACUGGGAGCUCAAUUGGCAGUCGAGCAAUCCCAGGUACUGGUUUGUCUCCAUCACUCGUGUUUCCUUGUUCCCUGCCAGCAGAGAAUACGAUACCGAGGCGUGCGAGUAUAGUGUCAGAGUCAGUCGCCGCAGGCACGUCGCAAACUACAUCCGAGCAACCUAGUCAAGAUCCGAGCACAUUCUGGAAAUAUCCUACUCGACCAAGGAUCACCAUGGAUACCCCCGAGAAGAAAACGGUGCCUUCCUUGUCCGAAACGAUGGAUAAAUACAGCCAUUUCGAGGGGUCCACACCCAGGGAAAAACUCAGGAAUGCUUAUGCCCAACUACGUGUAAAGGCAAACCCUGGCCCUGAUGCAAGCGGGACACCAUCCUCCGCUGAAGACAUAGAGCCUUCUGCUCCUGUAUCGCUUCCUGAGACAGCGCCACCGCUCAGUGUUCGAGUCGACAAGGAGCCUACACAUCAUACAGAUACCGAAGCAAACCCGGCUACCACGAUGCCCACCGUCGAGCCUGUGGAAAUGGGACUGCCUGAACACUCCCACGUGCAGACUAUUCAGCCCAGCGCAUUAUCAGUCAAUUACACUGAGGAGUCGACGCCUGGAUCGGUUCAUCUUGGUCCGUCGGAGUUUGCCGUGCCGCUUCCAAUGGAUUCCAGGAUUAAGGAUGACUAUGAACGCGUCUUGACCAGUGAAAGUCAGAGCAUUCGCGAUUUUCUCGACAUGACAGGUACUCAAUCUGACACGGAGUAUCAGGGGCCCCUCACAUCGAAAAUGCGCGAGGUCCUAGAACGUCUGAGCAAUAUCUCGACUCAUCCGGACUUGAACAUUGUCGAACACAUCAAAGAAUCAGAGUCGGAACUAGGAAGGGAGGCUGCCUGGGCCGAGUACUCAAGCGCAAAAUUCCUGCUCUUGAGUUAUCUCCUGGAUGCUGCCAGCAUGCGUGAUAUGCACUUGGUCAUCAUGGUGCAAGGCGAGAAGACCCGGCGGGUUGUCGAACGCUAUCUCAUGGGCAAGGGUCUUUCAUAUACGCGCCCACGCCCCGAAAUGGGAUCGGGUACGAAUAUCGAGGUAUCCAUGGUCCGGGAUUCGCUCAGCUUUGGAAUCCAAACCACGCGCAAUGAUGGGAUCGUAGAGACCUACAAAGCCCCUGCCGCUAUCAUCGCUCUAGAUACGUCGUUCAACACCAAGAGUCCCACGGUGGAACAUAUGCGAACCACUUUUGCCCGCAACGGAAAUCUACUCCCUGUGGUCCGCCUGUUGGUAUCCAACUCCAGCGAGCAUAUCGAACUUUGCUUCCCCAAUCUACCAGAAAUUGAACGCAUCCGGCUACUUCUACAGUAUUCCAUCCGUCUCCGUGACGUAGUUGGCGACCUCCAGGAUGACGCGCUUGGGGUGCAGGAGGAUGCUGAGGAGCUUCUAUCAUGUCUUGAAUCGGAUAACUUCAGCGCCCACUGGCCCUUACCUCACAUCGAGCCUCUACGCAUUCUGAGCCCCGAGCAACUCGCAUCCACUCACCAAGAGCUGCAAAGUCGACCUGGUAUCGACAUCCCAUCUGUGACAACACCUCAGAUCCAAAAACGAGCAUUCGCAGAAGAUGGGACCGAGCCAUCGUCGAAGAGACCAAGGAUGGAAGAAUCACUAGAAACAAGUCAGUUCACCGAAUCAACUAAAAUCCCCAAUCAACCCUUGGAUGGCGAGCUCCAAUCACUCGAGGAAAACCUUGUUCAGAUGAAGAAUUCGCAUGCCACAGAAAACGAAAGACUCCAGAAACUCUUGAAAGCAGCCCAGACCCGUCUUCAAGAGAGAGAGCACGUGCUGAACAAGCUCCAACACCGCUACGAAUCCCGAAACAGAGAAUUCCACAAACUUCGACGUGAGCACGAGCGUUUGACUCAAGCCAAAGCCACAGCGGAUCAGCGGGUAGAAAAGCAAAAGGAAGAACUCAUGAAACUCAAAGACGAGCGCACCCAGCUUCGACACGACCUCGAAGAGGCCCGCGAGACCCUCAAAGCAGGCGGGGGCACCACGGCCGAACUCGAGUCCGCAAAGGAAGAAAUCCGCCGUCUCACCAAAGACAACGCCGCACUCGAACGCAAGGCCGACUACGAAGCUCGACAAGCCGAAUACACGCGCGAGCAAUACCAAACAGCCUCGACAGUGGCCGCACAAUCCGGCAACGAACUCCGCCAGCUCCGCGACGAGAACGAAACCCUCAAACGUAAAGUCGCUGGCGACGCCACUCAGCUCCGCGAACUCAACCAGAAAAACGACGAAGCCCGCCAUCUCUCCCGCGUCCUCGAACUGGAAUCCACCCUCACGUCGCGCGAAGAUCUGCUCCGCAGGAAGGAAGAAGAACUUCGGGAAAUUCGCAAGAACCGGCCCUCGACCCGCUCCACCAGCACUCAGCCGCGAAGCCCCAAAUGGACUGCAGGUAAUAGCCGGCCCACGAGCCCUGGCAUCAACAAUGGUUCAUCGCUUGCAGGUCGCGGUAGUGCGCUCAGAUUCAGCUCCGAAAUGCCCCUUUAG